CUGUGCAUCUGCUCAGUUCCUCCCAACCUCCGCUGAGCCCUUUGACUGGUAUCUCACUUCUCUUGCUCUGACAAAACACCUGUCAGAAACAACUUCAGGAGGGAGGGUUAUGCUUCGGCUCCCGGUCUGAACGUGCAGCUCCAUCACAGAGGUGAAGGCGACGGUGCAGGAGAGCAAGGCAGCUCACAUUGCAACCUCACUCAGAGAGCAGAGGUGAAUAGGCCAGAAGACACCCAGCCCCACUCCAAAAUUCUGGGAAUUGGAGGUCCCUGCUGCAUUGUGUCAAAGUCUUCCUCCUCAUCUACCCUCUUCCGGCGCUGGAACCCAGUUCCUCGUUUCUGUUCCUAAGAAAGAGUAGCUGAAGGCAAAGCGGGAGGCAGAUAAAAGCUGCUGUUCCAAGCAGUACCAGGCACCAAGGAACAGCGAUGACUGUGAGUGACUCCAAAGAAGCAGGGGUGCAGCAGAUGGGCUGUCUGGGAUUUCCAGACCGAGGCCACAUCUCCCUGGUGCUGCAGCUGCUGUCACUCAUGUUCUUUGCUGGACUCCUGGCUGCCAUCGUCAUCCAAGUUUCCAAGAUCCCCAGCUCAGAGGAAAUACAGUGGGAACAGAAAAAGCAGGAGAAAAUGUUCCAGGACCUGAGCCAACUGAAGUCUGAAGUUGAUAGCCUCUGUCGGCGCUGUCCUUGGGAUUGGACAUUCUUCAAGGGAAACUGUUACUUUUUCUCCAAGUCACAACGGGACUGGCAUGACUCCAUCACUGCCUGCCAGGAAGUGGGAGCCCAGCUGGUCAUCAUCAAAAGUCAUGAGGAGCAGUACUUCCUGCAGCAAGCUUCCAAGAAAAAUGGCUACACCUGGAUGGGGUUGUCAGACCUGAACAAGGAAGGUGCAUGGUAUUGGCUGGAUGGUUCACCUCUGUCAGACAGAUUUGAGAGGUACUGGAAGAGUGGACAGCCCAACAACUUUAAGGGACAAGACUGUGUGGAAUUCAGAGAUGAUGGCUGGAAUGAUGCCAAAUGUGAUGACAUGAAAUUAUGGAUCUGCAAAAAAUCCUCCACUACCUGUUCCAGCAAGUGAUGGCCAAAGCCCCUCUCUGCAGCUUCCACAGCCUAAAUAUCCCUGUUGGACAGUGGGUUUUUGCUUGUGCUUUUCCCAGUUCCUUUCCCCUAUCUAUGGGUAUGGAAAUCUUAGUGUUGCUUCCAAAACAUAUCAGUCUCCUUUGUUAGUCACUAUAGUGUUGGACAACUGAUGGCCUUCCUUUGAUGUCUCCAAACUCCUACUGGCAUAGUUGUGGUCCUGUCAUUGUCUUUAACCACAUUAAAGUUGCAUGGGAUACACUGACAGGCUAGGUACGUUCCAUUCAUCUCCCUCAUCUUCUUUGUUGAGCUCAGAGAGUUUACAUGCUACAUUCACGGCUGUCUCGCCAGUGUAGCAGAAAUGCUGACUGGAUGGGCAAAUAUUGCCGGCAGGAUUGGGAUUUGUGCUUCCAGGAGCUGUGUGUUCCA